AGUAAAUAUAGAUCAGUUCACAGAAUUCACACCCUUAUAAUUCCAAGAAUAAAGUACUUAUAAUACAAAAUCAGCCGGAAUGAAACUACAUUCAAAUCACUAGAACAAACAAGAUGCCGUUUUCUUUUUUUUUGGUGAUUUAUGGAUUCAUUGGUCACACUAUUGGGUUUACUUGUGAUGAAACUGCCAACCACUGCUUUACAUCUAUUGAUAUCAGAUCAAAGUAUACAAUGCAGGAUAAAAAUGAUGUUCGAGUGUAUGCAAAGGGUCGUCGAUUAUACUCGCACAAAGGUGCUGUUCCAAUAGAUGACAUCAUAUCUGCUGACGGUUGGAACCUAACUAGAAAACUUAUCACUGCCAAUGGAACCAUGCCAGGUCCUCCUAUUUUCAUGUAUCAUCACCAAUAUAUCACGAUAAUUGUUCAUAACUAUCUGGUUAAUGAGUCUGUUACUAUUCACUGGCAUGGCAUUGAUCAACUGGAACAUCCAGCCAUGGAUGGUGUUGCUUAUGUUUCACAAUGCCCAAUAUUGCCAGGUCAAUCAUUUAAUUACACAUUCAAGCCUCGUUUCGGAGGAUCCUAUUGGUACCACUCUCACUUAGGCAUCCAAAGAGAUAUGGGUUUAUAUGGUGCUUUUAUUGUACUUCUUAAAGGAGAGCCACCAACGAAACAGCAUAUUAUUCUAAUUCAAGAAUGGAACCAUAUGUUUAAUGCAGUUGAAUUACUUAACAUCAGUCCACUUCCCCAACCUCACUCAAUCUUAAUCAACGGACGAGGACAAUUCCAGGAUAUUCGUGCACCCCUUGAAACAUUCAACUUUAAUAAACUUGAGCGAAAUUUGUUCAGGCUGAUUGCGGUCGGUUCGCAUAGUACCUUAUUAUUUUCGAUUCCGGGUUUAAAAUUGAUUGUGUCUGAAACUGACGGGUUUGAAGUUCAGCCGGAAGUUGUAGAUAAAAUAAUCAUAUUUCCAGCGGAACGUUAUAACUUUGAAAUCGAUUUAAGUUAUGUUAAAGAUGAAAUGUACACUAUGAAUGUUCGUGUUCUGUCGUCACCAAAUCUUACAUUUGGAAAUGAUAUUGGACUUGCAUUUCUUACUGUUGUUAACUAUUCAAAUGAUGAUUCUCUUGUUUCCGUUAAUAGACAUAUUGACAAACGACUCCUAGUUCUCAAUUGCCCUUUUCGUACUUACCCAAAGAACACAGAUUUUACUUGCAUUCCCAUCUCUGACUUGAAAUCUAAGAAACAUAUUGAUAAUGAUGCGUUUAGUAGCGAACACAUACCAAAAACAAAUGACAAAUUAUUACAUUUCUUGAACUUUGGAUUCCCCAAUGGUCAUUCAUCCAUAAAUGGACACAUUUAUCACUCACCAACAGUAGCUCCGCUGACACAACCGUCUGAAACGGACACCAAUUGUGGUAAAUGUGACGAUGAAACAACCUGUAGAUGUAGCUAUUCGUUACCUUUAUCUUCUGGAUCUGAAGUCAUAAUGGUUCUAAUGGUUCUUGGUCAAGAAGCAACAAUUUCUCAUCCUGUCCAUAUGCACGGUCACACGUUUGAAGUUCUUAAGAUGGUUUUCCCUACAGUAACAAAUGAUGGCAAGUUUGUAUUUACAGAGGACAUACAAUGCAGUGAAACACUAACUAAUAAUCAAAGCCAGUGCAACAACGCCAAAUGGAAAAACGAAUCAUGGAACGAUUACAAGAAUAUACCAGGCAUAAACUUAAAUAAUCCCAUACGCAAAGAUACGAUUAUUGUACCGUAUGGAGGCUAUGUGAUUAUUAGAAUAGAUGCUAGGAAUCCAGGAGUAUGGUUCUUGCACUGUCACAUUGAUAAACAUAUGAUCGAAGGAAUGGCUGUCAUGCUUAAUGAAUCUUUUGAAAAUCAAAAUAAAUAUGUUCCAGAAGGCCUUUCAAAAUGCAACAGUCAUUUAAAGUCAAAUUCGGGAGAAGUCAUUAAUGUGUCAGGUACAACAACAACACCAUUAACAACGACAACAAUAACAACGACAACAACAACAAUAACAACGCCUUCAACAUCACCAAAUUCAUGUCGUAUAUUCUUUAAAGAAAAUACGUGUUCUCUUAAUUACUUUAUUUUAGCUAUCGUGUUACUUUUUGUGUUAUUGUUAAUAUUGAUCGCAACUGGAUACUUUAUUAAACGGAUUAUAAAUCAGAGAGAUCUACAUCAAGAUAAUACAUCUGAUUCUGUGAAAGACAGAAAAAGAUACAAAUCUGACGAGUAUGAACUGCAUAACAUGUUACUGUAA